AUAGCACUCGAAGGCAGCAUAACAACCGACGACAGUAACUGUUACGGCUUGACACUUUAGCUUUUAGCUCACAGACAAGAAACAGCGGCGGUAUCGUACAAAGAAAUAACCUGCCAUAAUGUCAGCAGGCGGUCCGGAAGGUUCUGGCGCAGCGUCAGGCAACAGGCGCUUACAGCAGACCCAGGCCCAGGUGGAUGAGGUGGUGGAUAUUAUGCGUGUAAAUGUGGACAAGGUGCUGGAACGUGACCAGAAGCUGUCUGAACUGGAUGACAGAGCAGACGCACUGCAGGCUGGAGCCUCCCAGUUCGAGACCAGCGCUGCGAAGCUGAAAAGGAAGUACUGGUGGAAGAACUGCAAGAUGUGGGGCAUCCUGAUAGCUGUCAUAGUGAUCAUCAUCCUCAUCAUUGUUAUUUGGAGUUACUCCUAAAAAAAGCAACAGGACGAGGAGGGGUGGAGGACAAAAUGAAGAAAAGGAGAGGAGCAACGUACAUAAUUAAUGUCUCAAAGAAGACUUCAUGUGAUUACUGGCUACUGAGCUCCACACAUUUUUUCUCCUUGGCAGGAGGUCUUCAUUCCUUGUCCUGGAUUGCCGUGUGUGUGUGUAUGUGUGUGUGUGCUUGUGCAUGUGCCUGAGUAAAGGAUUGUCAUGAUAUCUGUUUUACACUGCAUUACUAUACCAUACCAGACGUCUUUAAACUUGUCCGAGAGUUCCAUGCCACUUGCCAAAGAAAAGAGAAACGUUGAUUAUUAAAGUCAAACACAACCUAUUAAGAAAUCAAAGCACACACACAUAUACUCCAACCUCAGGACUAGAAGUGAAGAAUGUUGUUGUAAACUCUCCUCAGCUUAUAUUUACUUUUUUUAUGUUUUAUUAAUAGCCAUUGAUUUUGUGUGCCAGGCUAAGAGAAGUGCCUUUAAGGACGUGCUAUUCUGUGUUUAUCCAGAUUGUAACAAUAACCCUGCAUAUCACUGAAGAGACAAUCUCUGAACUCGUCACCUACCGUCUGAUGACAAUAUAGCCUUUGGGGAUAACAGCCAAUAUUUUGGGAGAUCCAGUACAUCCAGUGGCGAUCUGGGCCAAGACCUCCUCUCCUGCGUGCUGGUCACUGUGUACAGUUUGAUUAGCAGCUCCAGACAGGUCCAGACAACAUGUCUGCUGAUCUCUAUGAACAGAUAUCUGCAUAUGAAAGCAGAUAAAUUAGGAAAAAAAGCUAAUGUGUCAUCAGACGUUAGCCAGUGGGUUUUAAGAUUGCAUUUCGGCAAAUGCAUUCCACCUCUUUUGUUCUCCACACAGCUUACCUGUAGGCAACCAAAGCCUGCUCAAACAGGACUGGUCAAUACUACUCAGACUACAAACCAGAACGCUUCUGAUACCAAAAUCUUGUACUGUUCCCUACAGAUAUCUGCAUACAUAUGCAGAUAUCUGUUUGUAGAGAUUAUUGAAGAUGCUCCUUUUUAGCAUAAUUACAUUUGUUCUGUCAGAUGCCUAUAUUUUGAUUUUUCUCCUCAUUUUUUCAAAAAAAAAAAUGCUGGUCUGUCAUUUUAUGAAUGGCUACAGUUGACCAGGUAAUGGUGGGAUCUGAUGCCUUGUUUUAUUUAUGCACAUUGUUCAGUGCUAAGUGAGUUCUCCAUGUUAGACAGUUGAUUUUGGAUUAAAUAAAGAACAAUGUCAUUGGUCACCCAACAACAAACAAGCUAACCAGUAACUCACUGUUGAACCACCAGAUCAUACCUGACCAUGUCCAUCUUCCUUUGCAGGUAGGGCUUAGUUACAGUGGAAACUAUUAUGAGCUUGUGUUUUGGUAAGUGGCUUUAUGCUUAGAUGUACAGCCUCUAGCCUAAGCUAGGCCAGAGAAACUGCCACCAAGUUUUUUUUAAAAGAAGUGCUACACUGGGUUUAGAGUGUCGAAUUGUCUCAAUCUGGUGCUCGUGCCAGAACAUUUGCCUUUGUUUUAUAUAUUUGAGCUCACAAAAGUAAGAAAAUGUUUAUACAGAUGCCUUAAUAGGUUUCUCCAGUAGAAAACAGCCAAAAUACAGCCAGGCCUUAUUGAUCAUAUAUACCAGCCAGUAAAAGAGUAGUGCCUUCUGAACUGUCCAAACAAAUACUGUGCUUCUUGCUUAGUCAACUGAACGUAUUAACCUGUAAUAAAAAUCUUUUGUUUAGUCACACUGGCAUUAUCCCACCUCAUCAAUGCAAAGUACUUCACAUGUGUGAUAUUGUAGUUUUAUAAUGCUUCUAAUUGUAGCUUUUUUUUUGCAAUCUAUUAUAUGUAGAACUAACCUUAGGGAGACUGUAAAGCAUUUUUUGUGCAGGGGCUCGCUGCUGCUGCCAAGCAAUAUGAGUGUUUGAGUGUAGAGAAAUGACUUGUUGGGAAAUGACAGUGUUGUAUACCAACACUGGAUGAUUGCAUUCCCUGCUGUUGCCUCCAUCCUAUUAAAAUAAAUGUAUUUUAAUGAGAUAAACAA